AUGUCUAUCAAGAUAAUCUUCACUAUCACAAUUGCUUCUUUCUUCUCAACAAUAUCAUCUCUCAAACCUCAUUCUCGCUUUGCUCUUGUUUUCACCGUGGAUUUACACGGUUCAGGGAACUUCAUAAGUGUUCAGAGAGCUAUCAAUGCGGUUCCUAAUUCAAGCAACUACAAGACCCUCAUCAUCGUCAAAUCGGGAGUUUACAAAGAGAAGGUAAAUGUAAGCGAGAAGAAAAAGAAACUUGUACUGCACGGAACUGAUUAUCAAAACACUGUAAUCGAGUUGAACGACACUGCACAAUCCUCACGAAACACUUUAAAUAGCUACUCUUUUGAUGUAUUCGCGGCAAACUUUGUUGCUUACAACAUUAGCUUUAAAAAUUUUGCGCCGGAACCAAAACCUGGUAUGGAAGGUUCACAAGCAGUAGCGCUAAGGGUUGAUGGAGACCAAGCGGCUUUCUACAGUUUUGGAUUCUAUGGGGCUCAAGACACGCUCUUGGAUAAUCAAGGAAGACAUUUUUUCAAAAACUGUUUUAUCCAAGGAUCCAUUGAUUUCAUCUUCCGCAAUGGAAGAUCACUCUACAAGGAUUGUGUUAGAUCCAUAGCAAAGGAGAGUGCCUCAGGAAUUAGUGGAUGUCGCAAAGCACAUGGAAAGAAAUCAAUAGAUGAGAAGACAGGGUUCUCGUUUGACUGCAAGAUAUACGGAACAGGGAAGUUGUGGCUGGGACGAGCUUGGAAACCUUUUGCUACGGUCGUAUUCUUGAACACGUACAUGUCUGGAAUAAUAUCUCCAGAUGGAUGGAAUAAUAUGAGUGAUCCAACUCGUGACAAGACUGCGUAUUACAGAGAGCAUCAGUACUACAUACCAGAAGCCAAACACAGUAAACGGGUUCCCUAUGCGAAGCAACUCACCGAUGUGGAAGCGGCUCCUUUCACUAACAUCUCCUUUAUCGAUGGAGAGCAGCGGCUUUAG